CUUCUCUAUUUCAAGAGCAUUUUUACGUAUCCUCUCUCCCUUUUUCUUUUAUAAACAUUAUUUUCCAUAAAUGAGUAUAUCAGAUCGUCCUGUCCGUAUUGGUUGCUAUUCUGCAUUUUGGGGUGACUCUGUCGCUGCUGCUGUUCAACUUGUGGAGCAUGAAGGGAAAAACUUAAAUUAUCUCGUUGCAGAUUAUUUGGCAGAAAUUACCAUGGGCAUCUUGGCUGCUCGUCGACAGCGACGUAUCAUGAUGGGCAAAGACACAGACCGAGGCGCAGACUAUAUAGCAGAAUUUCUUACACUGGCGCUAUCUAAAAUCUUGCCAGACAUUGCUCGUAACGGCACUAAAGUGAUCACAAACGCUGGUGGACUUGACCCCGUUGGGUGCAAGAAAGCUAUUGAAGCUCUGUUGAACAAAAUGGGUAUUCAGAAUAUCAAAGUGGCUGCUGUAUGGGGUGAUGAUGUCUUGAGCGACAAAGAAGACAAAACAUUAGGCGCCUUUAAAGGUGCUCAUCCUUUUUCUACCUUGUCUGUUACUGAACAUAAUUUGGAUGCAGAUCGAUUGCCAUCCAAUGACGAGCCGAUCGUCUCUUUGAAUGCUUACUUGGGUGCCAAAGGAAUUGCAGCUGCAUUAGAUGAAGGUGCUCACAUCGUAGUUACCGGCCGUGUUGUAGACUCUGCUCUCGUGGUUGGUCCGUUAAUUCAUGAGUUUGGUUGGAAAGAAGAAACAACAGAGAAAUAUUACGAUUUGCUUGCAUCUGCAUCUUUGGCAGGACACAUUAUUGAAUGCGGCUGUCAAGCGACGGGUGGUAACUUUACAGAUUGGCAUCUUGCCGCUCAAUCACCUUAUGGCGGGUAUGCGAAUAUGGGUUACCCUAUUGUUGAAUUCACAAGAUCAGGGUCAUUUGUAGUUACAAAGCCAGAAAAGACAGGCGGUUUGGUGACUCCUGCAACUGUAUCAGAGCAAAUGCUCUAUGAAAUUCUGGACCCUGCCUUGUAUCUCUUACCGGAUGUUAUUUUGGAUAUGCGUCAAGUCACGUUAGCCCAGAUUGGGCCUAACCGUGUUCUUGUGUCAGGCGCAAAGGGUAGACAGCCUACACCUUUUCUCAAGUGUUCAGGCAUCUUUAUGGAUGGUUUCAAGAUCAGUAUCGAACUUUUGAUCGGUGGUAUAGAUGCCAAAAAGAAAGCUUUAGCGGUUGGUGAAGCGGUCAUUCGACGUGUACAGGGCAUGUAUAAAAAAAUGGGGUUCUCUGACUUUAGAGGCUAUAAUAUAGAAACUAUUGGAGCUGAAUCUUUAUUUGGACCACACACAAAAGCAAGCAAUAGCCGUGAAGUUAUGCUACGACUAACCGCUCAUCAUGAUAACCCAAAGGCAUUGGGUCUGGUUGCUUUGGAAACUAUUCCAUCAGCUACAUGCAUGGCUCCAGGAAUUACUGGUAGUGGCACUGGACGCCCAAGACCUGUUCCAAAUCUUGUUCAUUUCCCAUUACUUGUCCCUAAAUCUCAAGUGACUACAUACUACGUUGCUGGUUCAGGGCCAGAAAAGUCUGUGCCAUGGGGUUCUUGGGACUCGUCCAUGUCCUAUAGUAAGCCUUUGCAUGUGCCUGCUAUUCCUGAAAUCACGCCGAGGAAGCCUUUGGUUAAGACAGCCCUUAUCAAUGUCGCAUAUGGUCGCAGCGGUGAUAAGGGCGACGUGUGUAAUAUUGGAAUAAUUGCUCGAGAUCCCAAGUAUUUACCUUACAUCAAACGCUCAAUCACGGCAGAGGCUGUUGCCAACCACAUGAAGCAUCUUUGCAAAGGCAGUGUUGUUCGAUUUGAACUUCCCGGCUCGCAUGCUUUUAACUUUGUCCUGACUCAUUCUCUUGGAGGCGGUGGUCUAAGUUCCCUUUUGAUCGACAGACAAGGCAAGACGUUUGCUCAGAUUUGCCUGAGCGGGCUCUAUGUAGAAUUGCCUGCAUCUAUGAUUCCUGAGGAAGCAGCCAAGCUAUAAAGAUAAUUUUCCUUUUUAAUAAAUAGCUCUCCUAUUGCCUUAUCUUUCUACUUGCAAAA